AAGCUCGCAAUGGGCGCAGAGUGAAGUUCAACAACAGCUACUUUCAAUUGACUACGUUCUUUUUCUUUUUUUUCUUUUUUUUUCUCCGUUUCUGCUCCCUGUUUUCACAGCGAAUAGUUGCGAUCGCCCCUUGCUACGCUUUCGGUUUCGAGGCGGCCCUAAACCACAUUUCUACCUCUGCUCGACAAUCUCGCCAGAGCCGAUCUACACCUAAAUAGACCGGCUCAAAGGUUCAUUGAUAUUCCGUUCAAUCUUGCAGUCUUGUGGUUUUUUUCUAGAGCUUCAACAUGGCGGCCGGUAGCGCUCGCUACGUGCGAUACCUCUUGAUCGCCUUUUUUGUUCUCGCUGUAUUCUAUUUCGUUUCACACUCUUCUUACGAUGUAAGGCCAGAUCAGUACCCAGGCGGAAGCGGCGAAAUCCAACAGAACCAGCCUGCUACACAACAACCUGCCAAGGUCGACACGUCCAAGGGCGAUGCUACGAAGGUGGACACACACAAGGCCGAUGAUGCUCCUAAGAAAGAUCAGACCUCCAACAAACCUGCCAUCGGCAAGGUUGACUCUGGCAAGGCAGCUGAGCACCCCAUGGCUAUGAAGCCUGGGCAGCCCGAAUGGGAGGAUCUCGUCAACGUGGCACCAGGCCCACGGGUGAACGCAACAUUUGUCACGCUUGCCCGUAACUCGGACAUUUGGGAGAUUGCCGACUCGAUCCGCCAGGUCGAGGACCGCUUCAACAAGCGCUACAACUACGAUUGGGUCUUCCUGAACGACGCACCUUUUGAUGAUGAAUUUAAAGCCAUCACUACUUCCCUCGUCUCGGGCAAGACACACUACGGUGAGAUUCCGAAGGAGCAUUGGUCGUUCCCUGAGUGGAUCGAUGAGGCAAAGGCCGCCAAGGUGCGCGAGGACAUGAAGGAAAGGAAGAUCAUCUACGGAGACUCUAUCAGCUACCGCCACAUGUGUCGCUUCGAGUCGGGCUUCUUCUUCCGCCAGCCGCUUAUGAUGAACUACGACUACUACUGGCGCGUUGAGCCCAGCGUCAAGCUCUUCUGUGACAUCCACUACGACCCCUUCCGCUACAUGAAGGAGAACAAAAAGAAGUACAGCUUCGUCCUGAGCUUGUACGAGUACGUCGAGACAAUCCCAACCCUUUGGGACAGCACCAAGAAGUUCAUGAAGAACCACCCGGAGCACAUUGUCGAAGGCAACACCUUGCAGUUCCUGAGUGACGAUGGCGGCGAGACCUACAACAAGUGCCACUUUUGGUCCAACUUUGAGAUUGGCGACCUGAACUGGCUACGCUCCAAGGCCUACAUUGACUACUUCGAGUCUCUUGACAAGGAUGGCGGUUUCUUCUACGAGCGCUGGGGAGAUGCUCCGGUUCACUCUAUUGCUGCUGGACUUAUGCUCAAGAAAGAGGAGCUUCAUUUUUUCAACGAUAUUGCCUACUGGCACGUCCCAUUCACGCACUGCCCCACUGGCGACAAACUCCGCCAAAAGCUCAAGUGCACAUGUAACCCCAAGGACAACUUUGACUGGAAGGGUUAUUCUUGUACUUCGCGUUUCUUCGAGGCCAAUGGAAUGGAGAAGCCUGAGGGUUGGGAGAAGGAGACUGACUAAAAAGGGUGGGUUUCUAAGACAGGCGCAGAUUAUAGCUUCGGCGUGGGGGUUGCUACGAUAGAUUUUGCUUGCAUUGAAUGGGUUGGCCGCUUAAACGGAUUUGUAAUGGCAUUUUUUGUUCUUUUUCUCGGGGAUACAGACCGGUCGAUUGAUCCAAAACCCAAUCUAAAAGCUCAAAGCUGAGCCAUGAGUGCUUGACGGCACUGGGACAUAAGGCGUAUUUGGAUGGAAGGCAGCUAUGCGUUGAUAUGGUUCGAGGGGUAAACAGACAAUUAAGGAGUUCGCCUAUUCAUUGCAGUUCCCAAAUGAGAAUCCAGU